ACUUAAUAUAGCACGGCAGUACAAUUAAACCGACGGUAACCGGUUCGAGCCCCGCAGCUCGAUACCCCGCCCAUAUCUCGAGGUUUGCUCGACCGAUGUGCCACGUUCCCCAAGUCGUUCCACAUUGUUCUGUGUCUUUGGAGUUGCCACCCCCCAGGUUGAGAAUAACUGAUUAAAAAUGGCUACCGUGGAUGCUAUUAUAGCUGGUAAAUAUCCAGCCAAAGCUCAUGCGCGCCGGGUUGCCCAGCAACUCGAGACUCACGCGAAUGGUAGUCCUACCGUCGUGUAUCUGGAGGCGCAGAAAACUCGCAUGAUCGAGGACAAUGACGAGCCCAUGCCUUUUAGGCAGCGACGCCCUUUCUUCUACUUGUCUGGUUGCUUGCUACCUGAUUCGUCUCUGGUAUACAACGCCAGCACAGACGAACUGACACUCUUCCUCCCCGCAACUGAUCCAGAAGACGUGAUCUGGUCUGGCCUCCCCCUAUCUGCAACCGAGGCCCUUGAGCUCUAUGACGUCGAUCGCGUGCAAGCUACGCCAGACGUGAAUGCCACCCUGUCCUCGAUUGCAACCGCGCACGGAGGAAAGGCCGUGGCCUUUGCAAUCGCAGACCAGGUUUCGGAUGAAACCAAGUUCAACGGCUUCGCAGCGACUAACCUUACCGCGCUGAAGGGCGCCAUUGAAACGACCCGCGUAGUCAAAGACGGGUACGAGAUCGCCCUUCUCCGAAAAGCAAACGACAUCACAGCCCAGGCGCACAUUGCGGCUCUCCGCAAAUCCCAGUCUGCCACGAAUGAGAGGGAAAUCGAGAGCGUCAUCAUCGCGACAUGCAUUGCCCACGGCGCUCGCGAGCAGUCCUAUCAUCCGAUCGUCGCCUGCGGUGAGAACGGGGCUACUCUCCACUACCCGAAGAACAACGCCGACACAAUCGACAUUGCGACAAAGAAGAGGAAGGGGAAUGUUCUUAUCGAUGCUGGAGGUGAAUACCGCACCUACUGCGCUGAUAUCACCCGCGUGUUUCCGCUGGAGGGAAGAUUUCCGAUGGAGACUCGCCAGAUCUACAAGAUUGUUUUGCAGAUGCAGGCGGAAUGCAUUGCGAUGCUCAAGGAAGGUGUGCAAUGGGAGGAUGUGCAUGCGCACGCGCAUCGGGUCGCUAUCGAUGGCCUGCUGGAACUAGGGAUUCUUCGCGGCUCGAAGGAGGAGUUGUUUGAGAAGAGAGUCAGCGUAGCAUUCUUCCCGCACGGUCUGGGUCAUUACCUGGGAAUGGACACUCAUGACACUGGGGGCAACCCGAACUAUGAGGACAAGGACUCUAUGUUCAAAUACCUGAGAGUGAGAGGCCGUUUGCCAGCGGGAUCAGUUGUCACUGUCGAGCCAGGCAUCUAUUUCUGCCGGUUUAUCAUCCAGCCCUACCUGGACUCUGCUGAGUUGAACAAAUACAUCGACUCAAGUGUUUUGGAGAAGUAUUGGGGCGUAGGUGGAGUGCGCAUCGAGGACAAUUUACAUGUCACCCGAGAUGGAUAUGAAAAUUUGACCACCGCACCCAAGGCUAUUGAGGAAAUUGAAAGCCUGGCCUGCCAGGCUGCAUGCUAAUGCAUGGAGUAUAGUAUGACAACUAGAGUUGUCAGACAUCUAAAGCGAUCUUGAUUAGUUAUGAAGGGACACGCCAGACUGCAUUUUGAAUGGAUAACAGCGUCAAUACCACAAAGAG